UCUUCACUAAAUUAAUAUGAAGAUUAUAAAUUUGAUGGACAAUAAUUAAUGGAAAGUUUUCAAUUGAAAAAGCAUGAUUUUAAUGAACACUAAAUAUGGAAGAGUGAAAAAAAUUUUCUUUCAUAUUUCUGUUUUGUUUCAUAUUUUUAUUUUCAAAAUUUCAAGUUUUGAUUUUAGUUAUAGAUUUGAUUAUUUUAUUUGACGGUAGAAUCAUUUAUACUUAUUUGUUCAUUUAUUUGAACAUGUAAUAUUUUUUUAAUAAAUGACUAUCUUGACAAUAUGACUAAAAAUUCAUAUAAUAUGAUCUCAAACAAAAUAAUUAUGUUUUUUUGGUAUAAAACCGAAUAAACCGAAAACCGACGGUAUAUAAACCGAACCGAACCGAAGUAAAUAUGGAUCUAGAAUGGUAGUUAUAUUUUACUAACCGAAAUACCGAAAAUCGAAAAAAACCGAACCGAAACCGAACCGAUAUCCGGAUUGAACACCCCUACUCUCAAUGAUGACUACUUGAAAGUGAAAAAAGUCGCCUAUAUAAACACACAAUGAAAGUCUCGUCUUCUUCACUAAUCACAUUUUCUUCGCGUAUAUAUCACAAAGAAAAACAAGAAGGGUAAAGAGAAAAGAUGAUCUCAGUGGUGAUAAUAACUGAGUUACUAGUGGAGUACACGACGGCUCUCGCUAAACUCACCGCCGGGAUUCUUCCACGGCGUACCGGCGACAGAAACGCCUUACGGAUCGGCGCUUUCCUCCUUCCCUCACCUUCUUCAGCUGUCUCUAGGAUUCCUGAUUUCUCUGCUCAUCUCGUCGAUUUCUGAUUUCUCUUGGCACUUAUUUUUUGGGACUUUUCAGUUCUUGACAUUAGAUUUUAUUCCUCUAUCUUUUCUAUGAGAGGCGGCUGAGAUUUUUACCGAGUGUCUUGUCAUCUCCUCUCUUUUUUUUUUUGUUUAUCUUGGUUAUGAAUCUGAUAGAGCUUUUGUAAGUAGAUCCAUAUCUAAUUAAUAUAUAGAGAUGAAUAUUUGAUGGUUUUUUCUUAAACGAUUUCAUUUAUCGACCCAAUUGGGCAUAUAAGCAGUACGUACAAACAGUGACUGCCCGCUACACUUCCCGCUACACUUCCGAAGGACACACAGUCGAUAUGUUAUUUUCAUACCUUAGAUUUUUACUAGUUAAGUUCAUGGUAAUGAAGACCUUGACGUCCAUUUUCUUCUUCUUUUUAUCAAUCUUCUGAACUAAUGUGUUACUAUAAUAUUAUCUACACUAGUUCCAAAGCUACAAUUAAAUAAUAAAAUUUUGAGAAAUUUUGUUUGCUGGAUCAAAUUUUCAAAUGAAGAACCAAAAAACUGGUACAGUACUGAAUCAAAUGAACAUAAACUAACGAUCAAUCCCGUUACUGAUAUUUUUUUAUAACACUGAAAAAUUCAUUGUUCUCUGUACAGUUCGAAAGAACCCAUUAAAUGGAAAGACCACAAACUCUAAAAAGAGAAAAAGGAGAAAACACUAAAUGCCAGUAUGCAUCAUGGGAAGGAGCAGGUCUAGGGUAAGCCAACCCUGAAACAUUACUUGUCUUGAGCUUCAUUUCUUUCCUGCAGAAAGUGAUCUAAGCGCCUUAUCUCAAUCUGGGAGAGAUAGCUCUGGAUAGCAUGAAUGAUCCUUGAAAAAUGAGGAAAGAGACUUGGAUUCGUUAGAACCUUCCUUACUUCUUCCGAAGAUGCUUCGAAGAUUACAUUGGCCUUAUGCAGAGAAUGCAUACUUUAAACAGCCCAUAGCAUAGACCACAGCUCAGAUUCUGUUUUGGAUGGGCUGUAGGAAUAAGAUCUUCGGCGGCUACGUAAAAGUGUCCUGCUGUUCUCAUCUCUAAGGAUCCAUGCAGCCUCACUGAGCGUGUUGGGUCAAAUCCAGGAGGAGCCUUAUAUUGAAUUUUAAGCAACCAACAGGAGGUUUCUUCCAUCCCACUUCUUGAUCACCUUUUGUAGUGGUAACUUCAACUUCUUGACGUAACUUAUGUGCGUCUAUCCACGAUGAAGCUUCCUCAAAGGCUCUUCUUGCAAUUGAGAGGGGAUCUUCCACACGGUUCUCAAAAGCCAACCCAUUUCUUGCCUUCCACAAAUGCCACAAGACCCAAGGAAACACCAUUCUUGAGCUUUCUUCCACUGCAGAGUUUCUGAACACAGAUACUAGAUGCAGAAGGUCGAUGAGCUGGAAAAGCCUUCUGUAGGUAGCUGGAGGUUCGUGAUCUUCCAAACCUCUUGUGCUUUUUCGCAGGUGAAGAGAACAUGACAAAAUACUCUCUACCCCACGUCCACAUUGUUGACAGUUGGUAUCCAGUUGAAAGCCUCGGGUCUGUAGUCUUUCCUUGACAGCUAAAGCACCAGAGAGAGCUCUCCAUAGGAAGUGCUUAAUUUUUGGUGGAGCUUUAACCUUCCAGAUAUUUUGCCAUAGUUGCUUCUCCACUGCAGACAAAGAAAUCGCUUGUGGAUGCUGAGUCUUAAUUAUAGAGUCGAGAAAUUUGUAGCCAAUCUUCGUUGAGUACACACCACUUCUUCUAAUCCCCACACUGUAGUAUCUUCUUGAGUCACUCUGGGUUUCAAUAGCAUAAUCCCGUAUAUAUAUUUAUUUAUAUAAGUUAGGAAGUGUCUACUAACUAGGUCAUACUGCUGGCUGCAUAAUAUCCAAAUGAGAACUCCCCGGUACUGAUCUUUCAAGUUUGUCGUCAAAUUAACAGAUCCCGACACAUCAAGGUCAAAUUUCAUCUUCCUAACCAUACUAAGGAUACAUAAUAUGGCUAGGGUCUGAUAAGUUUCCUGGGCUUCCAACUUAAAACCAAAUGGUGAUUAGUGGAUUGGCCCAAGUCCCUUUCAUAUUUUCGAUGUGGGAUCUUUUCUCCAAUAGGGUUACCUUCCAUUUCUGAUCUGCGUAAUAGAAACGAAAAUCAACAAUCUAAGGAAAAUCAAAACGAAAGAUUCGACUAAACCCUUGAAUUCUACAACUAAACUAACAGAACAGAAGGAUUACACUGAAGUUGAAAACCUGAAGAAAGCGAGAUCGCAAAAAGACAAUCACAAUUUAAGGAAAAGAAAACAAAAAGAAUUCGAAGAAAAAGAAAAGAAACCAAGAUAUAAAGGAUAAGAGAAAGAGUUGUGGUCUCUCCUUGGAAAAGCCACCAAUAAAAGGAUAGUGGAUCCGGAGCAAGAAUAGAUGAUCCAAUUUUUAAAUCGGCUCUAACGGCACAAUCCUACAAAAACGCAAAAUUAAAAAGAUUGAACUAUGAAUCAAAGCCGUACUUCACCAAUCAAGGGGGCAUUUCUAUUACAAUAUUAUACUCCGGCCUCCUAACUAGGGGUUCCUGCCUCAAAGCAGCACAACAAUCUUCCCUCGACAUUGCUGAGAGAUCUAAGUGAUUAUCGUCUGUCAAAGGAAAAUACAUGCCAAUUGUAGCAUCUUGCUGUUUAUAUCCCGACCCAGGCAACAAUAUUCUCCUAAAAAUCAGGAAAACAACAUGCUCGCUGAAGUAUAUCGACGAUCUCCUCACCUGAUCCGACCAUGUGCCACUUAGAUCAGGUGAUCACGCGGCUACGUGCCAACAAGGCUACGUGCCAUUAAGGUCAUAUAUAUGCCAUAAGAUGGGUCUCGUUAGUCAUUGUAACAUGAAUCUGGUAUCAAGAAUCUCUCAAGAUCACGCGAUCACAUACAGAUUUUUGCCGAAACCACCUAAAGAGCAACAGUUUCCUUUGACACCUUGCAAUAACGCAUCUACUACCGAGUUUCUAAGUGCACAUGUUAUCUCCCAACUUCACCCAUAAAAUUGAAAGAUAAGGUGCAAACUGUUGGGGAUAAUUAAUUCAGGAAGUCAUGCAUCCUGCUUAGAGCAGGACACCGACCUUCUUCUCCUACCUAAGACGAUUUUUUGCUUUGGGUUGGGUUCUCCUCCUGCCUUCGUGUAAAAUGGAAAACUUCAACAAGAGGGACAUCUUUCCAUAUUUCAGUAUAUGGAAGGAUCUAACCCAAUUAUCGACUACAAGGACCUAUAAACAGGGUUCCUAAACCUUAGAGGGAGGGAUCAACUAUUUACAACUUUCACUAUAGAGUUAGGCGGCUAUAACUAGGGUUACAAGACCUAAACGUUGUAGUUUCGGCUCUAUUGAUCAAGAAUACAAUAAUUUUGAUCAUUGACUCUUUUUUACUACUUGCUUCUUGUUUUCGUAGUAUCAUAAAGAACCCUACUUAAAUUUACCAUAACGCCAAUGAACCUAGCAUUGUGCGGUGGGUGUUGCUAUCUAAGCUGGGAAGCUCCAUGGACAUUUCCUCCAUGGACAUCUGCUCCAUAGUCUUGUUCAUUUUGAAGUUGGUGUGGUUGAUGUUCCAUCUCAAAUCCCAAACAAUCUAAAUGAUCAUAUCUCUCUUGCUCUCUUCUUUGUCUUGUAAACUCUUUUUCUUUGCCUUGAUAUUGUCAACUCGUGGCAGUAGGUUUUAAGGUCUUCUGCCUAUCAAGUUCAUGCACCUAAAGAGAGGAAAAAGAGAAUUAGUAACCAAAUGUAAAAGAAGGUUUUGUCUCAAGUAAUGAAUAAAUCCUAAUGUUAACAUCAAUCUAAGUAUCUAUGUAGUAUAGUAGGUGUCAAACCAACAAAAGAGGAUCACAAUCACUAAGAAUGCAAGACAUUUUUAAUCUAAGCGCAAUCAAAGACUUUAUAAGUAAGUAACCAAUUGACAAGUCUAGAAUCUAAAUCAAACAAGUGACAAACAAGAACAAGUAAAUCAAAGCUGUCAAUCAUUUGGAUAAAGAAGUACCCACGGGAAAUAUGUAAUUUGUCUAAGGUGAUAAAGAUCUAAGCCAAGGUGCUAAUCAAACAAUCAUCAAGCUUCCAUAAGUCUGGAACACCAAAAUAGAUUAAUUUUUUUCCAAAACAAUAAUCCCAGUGUAAUCAAGCAUUAAUUACACAUCAAAUGCCUUUAGUGUAAUUCAAUUAAAAAAUGCAUUAAGAACAAGUCUAUUAACUAUAUAGCAAUCCUAACAUCAAAUUAUUUUGAUUAUUCAAGCUAGAGCAAUACUAAUUUCAUUCAAGCAUUUUAAUGAAAAUCUUGGGUGCAUAAAAAGACUUAAAAUCGAGAUGAGAGUGAUCAAAUAUUUAGCAUUAAUAAUUAUUAUCAAGCAUAGAAACAAGUAUAUUUAACAAUAAAUACCUUAACUUUUCCCUAAUCACCCUAAACCUAUCUAACCAUGGAUUCAAGAUGAGUCUAUUUACUAAUCAUGAUGAAAAACCUUAAACCCAUGUAAAGUUUAAGACUAAUCAUACUAGAUAGCUAAAUAAACAUAACAACACACAAUAUUCAAAGAUAAAAGUAGAUUAAAAAUGCUAAAGAUUGAAUCUUUUACCAAAUAAACAAGUGUUUAGAGAGAAGACAAGAUAUAUUAGAUUUUUUCUGCCUAAAACAUAUAUAUAGGUCUCUAAAUGCGAGUUGGGUAAAACGGGUAGAUGAUGAAUAUUGACUCCUAGGAGGUCCACAGCGGCAAAAGUAAACCGCUGCAGACCGUUGUGCACCUACAACAGUUUGGAAACAAGGUCGCAGCCUUUUCUGAAGACCGAUGUAGGUGUUGGCACGGAUUAUAAUCGACAUCUUCUUCACAGCCGUUACACUGCACCGCUGUCUCAUCCCACAAUUUAGUUGGUGUAUUUACAUUUUGUUCUAGCGGCUUUCACAUGCCUCUGUCUUGGACCGUUACAUGUGUUUGACAAGUUUUGGUUUUUGGUCUCUAAGAGCUAUAGCGGCUAUACUAUACCGCUGCAUCAUGUCGCUGGUAGUAUUGAAGGUUGAGGUUUGUUCACUGCGCUUGCAAUAGACUGCUGUAAGAGCCAACAACUUACCCAGUGGUUUAUGAUCUGAUCUCAGCGGCUUCAGAAAGCCGCUACGAGUUUUGGCAGAGCACAAGUUAUCAAAACAAAAACUCAUAGCAGCAUACCUAUAUCGCUGCUCAUGGCCGCUGUUACUCUUGUUUUUCACUCUGUGUCUUGAUCAGAAUCACCUCUUUUGCUUCAUUUCAUGCAUCAAAUUCAAUAAGUAUCUCUAACAUCUGAUAAAGACAAAUGCAAAUGCUAUGCACGUAAAUUAAUUCUAAAUUCUCCUAAAUGAUCAAAAAGAGAACAAAAUGAUAGGUAAAACAAUGCAAUAAUUACAAGACUUCGAAUCCUAAGAUGGGUAGAUAUAAAAUAUAAUAUAGUUCUAUAAGAUAAUAAUGUUUAAAAAUCUUAGCUAAAUAUAUGGUUUCGUUAAAAUUAGAACUUAAUGAUUAUAUAUAUAAAUUUUAUAUAAACAUAAGAAAAAUAUUUCAUUGUUUAUUUUUCUUCAAAAUGCAUUUUAUGUCUAAUUUUAUUUUUCAUUUUUAUAUUUUGUGUUAUUUUACUGAAUUUCUUAUAAAAUGCAUUUAUACAUAUUCAACAUACAUAAAAUAUCAAAUAAUCUAAAAAUUGAUGAAAUAUAAACCUAUAAAAUUUAAAUAAUAUCUUGAAAUAGUUUUUAGUUUUAAAUAAACAUUAUUUUAAAAUAAAAAUUUUAAAAAUAUAUAAUUUUCCCUAAAUUAAUAAACUAUCAUAGUCUCAAUAUCAUUAAUAUAAAGUUUUUACUGUAAUAGGUAUUCUAGAAACAAAUAUUUAGUUUUAUCAAGUAAUAAACUAGAUCAGUAAUUUGUAAAUAUUAAUUGUUCUCACAUAUUUGAUAAAAUAAGUACUUCAACAAGUCAAGUUUAAAUCUCAAAUGAAAUUAUUAGAGGUGUCAAAAUGAGCUAGCUAACUCGCUCAACGCAGCUCAGCUCAUAGUGAGCUCGGUUCUUUUAUGAGCUAGCUUAGCUCAGCUAACUUAUUAUAUGAGUUUCAAUAUGUAAACGCGAACUCAGAUCAUCUAGAUCAUGAGUUAAAUGAGCUAACUCGUGAUCUAAAUAAAAAUAAUAAUUAUAAAAUAAUUACAAAAUAAAAUAAAAUAGUGAUAGAAUAACUUCUAUUAUAGUUCAAAAUUUAAAUAUUAAAAAAAUCCAAAACAUAAAUAUUAAAUACUAAAUAAAGACCAACACAUGACAAAAAUUUUAAAAAAACUACACCUAACACAAAUUAUAUUAAAGCACAACCAAUGAUCCAAAUGUCUAUUCUUCGUGAGUCUUGAGACAAUUCAUCUUCAAUGUCUUAUAUAUAUAUAUGUAUAUAUAUAUAUAUAUAUAUGUUUUAUAUUUUAAUUUUAGAAGAUAAAUAUGAUAAAUAUAUAAAUUAUCUCUUUCUUACAUAAAAAAUA